AUGAAGAGGUCAGGCAGACCAGCCAUCUUCUGUCCGCCUGGGUCUUGGGUCAGGAAAGGGCCGACGACGGAUUCGCGUAGGAGUCCAGACGGAGAGGGUAGACGGAGGAGGGGUGGCUCCCGCGCGGGUGGUCGGCCAAUGGCACUGAACGUCUUCAGCCAGGUGGGAGCGUCAAUGGUCUCAAGGGUUGCAGGGUUCUUCUUCUUCACCUCAUCGUCGUGGAUGAAUGCAACAUUUCAACUUGUCUCGAGCAGUGCGGUACAGAUGUGUCGCUCGCCGCUGACUGUGCGUCCCUCGCCCUGA